UUUGGUAAAAAACACCAUGUCUUCAGUAAUCUUUUUGCACAAAACAUUGAUCGACGGAUUUGCCUCGACUGAGCAUGUUUAUGACAGAUGGGGCCCGCCAGUCAUGUUGAUGGGGCAUCGUUUAACAUCUUACAUGUAACGACGACAAUUGGUAACGUUAUCAUCAUGUGUGAACAUGUGGGGUCCACAUGUCGUUGAAAGAAAUGAAGGAAAAGAGUUUGGUUCCUCUUAACAGUGUACCCCCAAAUCUCGUUCACCACCCCGCCGCCGCCCGAGGUAAUGUCCGCCGUCGUCGUUGUUGUGCCCAAGUGGAUGCAGGGGCCGUCACACGUCUCGACCCCGACCUAGGCAGGGGCCGCCAUCGCCGCUCUCGACCCCGACUGAGGCAGGGGCCACCGUCUAGUUGCCGCAUCGAGGGGAAGGCAAAGGACGCCACCAGUCCCGCCCCUGCCCCCGUCCAAGGGGAGGCCUUCCGCCACACGCCGAGGACACUAUGCGCGCACUCCAGGACGACUAAAUCGCCGGGGUCGCCGACCUCAUCCAGGUUCAUACGGCACUCGCGGCCAUGGUUCUACGCCACUGUACCUAGAGUUGUUCCCGCGUGCCCUGCCCAUGGGAACUCGACCGGCAACUCGGAGGUCGCGGGACGGCAAGGAGUGGGCGCGGAGGUCGCCGGACGACAACGAGUGGGCGGGAAGGUCGCGAUACGGGCCGUCGUCCGUCUCUAUUCUUGCGAGAUUCUGGCUCGAAUUGGAGCGGACGAGCACGAAUCUAUGGGGCGGAAGGGGGCGGCCCCUCGAUUCUUGUCGGAUCCAUGAGAGGGCUGCUUAACAGCGACGACGUUCUUGGAGCUCAGGCGCCAUGGCAAUGGGCGGCGCCGGCGCUCCUGCAUGCUUCUGGUCGGGAGAGAGAGAGAGAUUAGGGAGGAGAAAAUACCGUGAUGAAAUGCUGACAAGUAGGCCCUGUCCAGCAAAAUGGUUCGACGUAACAGUGUUAGAAAUUUUAAGCCACAUCAGCCUGACUAACGGCCCCAUCUGUCAUAAACAUACUUAGCCGAGGCAAAUCCACCGAUCAAUGUUAUUUGCAAAAAGAUUACGGUAGACAUGAUGUUUUUUGAAAAAAAAUGUAUUGUAGU